GUUUAUGAAAAUGAGAGGGAAAUAUAAAUCCGAAAUCUUGUUUCAGCUACGGAAUGCUCUAUGCCGGCGCCGGAUCUCUUCUUCCACAUCCUUCGCCUUUCUUCGCCGUCUCUCUCCUCCGGAGAAACUGAAUCAUAAGCACAACAUCACCCUCACUGAGUUUCGGUUCCUGGGUGUUAAUCAAUCUUCACACUUUCUUCACUCUCUUACAGCUCCCGACAGAAACUCCCUUGGACACCACAAGCAAUCCGCUGUCGACGUUCACAAUGUCCUAAAGAACCACCGUGGAAGCUCGCCUGAAGAAAUCGGGAGGAUUCUCGAAAAGUGCGGGAUAGUGUUAACCGAAGGGAUGAUUCUGGAAGUGGUGAACCGGAACCGGUCUGAUUGGAAACCAGCUUACACACUUUCUCGAUUGAUCCGUAUACAAUCCGUUUACCUAUCUAGCUCAUCAGUGUACAACGAGAUUCUCGACGUUCUUGGGAAAAUGCGGCGGUUCGAAGAGUUCCACCAAGUGUUCGACGAAAUGUCUAAGAGAGAUGCAAAGACGUAUGAAGUUUUGCUAAACCGAUACGCUGCUGCUCAUAAAGUAGAUGAAGCCGUGAAGGUAUUCGAGAGGAGGAGAGAGUUUGGGAUAGAGGACGAUUCGGUUGCGUUUCAUGGGCUGUUGAAGUGGCUGUGUAGGUAUAAGCACGUCGAGUUUGCGGAGACUUUGUUCUGCUCUCGUGGAAGAGAGUUUGUUGGGUGUGAUAUAAAAGCCAUGAACGUUAUUCUCAACGGGUGGUGUGUUUUGGGGAACGUUCAUGAAGCCAAGAGGUUUUGGAAAGAUAUCAUUGCUUCUAAAUGCAGGCCUGAUGUUGUCAGCUACGGGACGAUGAUCAACGCCUUGACUAAGAAAGGGAAAGUAGGGAAGGCUAUGGAGCUGUACCGAGCAAUGUGGGAGCCGGGAAGAGACCCGGAUGUUAAAAUCUGCAAUAACGUUAUUGAUGCAUUGUGUUUCAAGAAGAGGAUCCCUGAGGCUCUUGGAGUUUUCAAGGAGAUGAGUGAGAAAGGUUGUUCUCCGAACGCUGCGACUUAUAACUCGCUUUUGAAGCAUGUCUGCAAGCUAAGGAGACCAGAGAAAGUUUGGGAGCUAGUGGAAGAGAUGGAAGAUAAAGGCGGUAGUUGUUCGCCUAACGAUGUAACAUUCGGUUACUUGAUUAAGUAUUCGCAGAAGCCUCAAGAUGUUGAUUCAGUUUUGGAGAGGAUGAGGAAGAACAUGUGUGAAAUGACAAGUGACUUGUACAAUUUGGUGUUUAGGCUGUAUGUGCAAUGGGGAGAUGAAGAGAAGGCAAGGGAGGUAUGGAAUGAGAUGGAGAGAAGUGGGUUAGGACCAGAUCAAAGAACGUAUACUGUUAAGGUUCACGGCCUGCACACAAAGGGAAAAAUAGGAGAAGCGUUGAAGUGUUAUCGAGAGAUGAUAUCAAGAGGAAUGGUGCCAGAGCCAAGAACUGAGAUCUUACUAAACCAGGUCAUGGCCAAGCCGAAAGAAGAAGACGACAAAAAGCUUAGACUCAACAGUACGGAAGAUGAAACUGAAGUUGUAAUGAAUUAUACAUGAAGAAAUCAGAUUUGAUUUUAAAAGCA